AUGGCGAUGGCGGAGCUGUUCGGGGGUGUGGAGGGCGGGGGCACCCACUCGACGGCGGUGCUGGUGUCCGGAGAUGGGCAAAUCCUGGCCGAGACCGAGGGACCCUGCACCAACCACUGGCUGAUCGGCUCCGAGCUGUGCCUGCAGAGGAUCGAGCGCAUGGUCAGCGAGGCCAAGAGCAAAGCGGGCGCCGACCCCGACGUGCCCCUGCGCUCCCUGGGUCUGUCGCUGAGCGGCGCUGACAGUCCCGAGGCCGUGGCCGCGCUGUCCCGGGAGCUCCGGCGCCGUUUCCCGGGGCUGAGCCAGAGCGUGAGCGUCAACAGCGACAGCCGGGGAGCCAUGGCCACCGCCAGCGACAACGGUGGCCUCGUGCUGAUCUCGGGCACCGGCUCCAGCUGCAAACUCAUCAACCCCGACGGCUCCGAGAGCGCCUGCGGGGGCUGGGGACACCUGAUGGGGGACGAGGGCUCCGCGUACUGGAUCGCCCACCAGGCCCUCAAGGCUGUCUUUGACUCCCUGGACAAUCUGCAGGCGCCGCCCCACGACAUCGGCUACGCCCGCCAGGCCAUGCUCGACUACUUCCAGAUCUCGGACAGGAUGGGGCUCCUGGCCCACCUGUACGGCUCCUUCGAGAAGGCCAAGUUUGCGGGGUUCUGUCAGAAACUGGCCCAGGGUGCCCAGCUCGGUGACCCCCUGUGCUGCCACAUCUUCACCAAGGCCGGCGAGGUUCUGGCGCGCCACGUGGUGGCCGUGCUGCCCAAAAUCCACCAGAGCCUGUUCGUGGGCGAGCUGGGGCUGCCCAUCCUGUGCGUGGGCUCGGUGUGGAAGAGCUGGGAUCACCUGCGGGCAGGGUUCGUCCAGGUGCUGGAGCAGGCCCGGGCCCAGGUUCCGGGCCGGCUUUUCUCCAGGUUCAGCCUCCUGAAGCUGAAGCGCUCCUCAGCGCUGGGGGGAGCGCGCCUGGGAGCCAGGAACGUGGGAAUGGCGCUGCCGCUGGAUCACACCGGGAAUGUCGAGGUGUUCUACACGCACGUGUUCUGAGCCAAAACAAAACUGAGGGAGGGGAGCCCCCAAAAAACGGCGGGAGAACCCCAAAAAAAACUGUGGGGAGCGCCCGCGAGAGGGGGUUUGUGGUUCGGCAAUAAAACGGUUACACUG